ACCAAGGAUGUGACGUUAUUUCUUACAUGGUACACAGUGGUUGUAUUUUACAAUAUCAUAGCUGGGAUUUUGGCUAUAAUUCUAACCGUAUAUUCGAAACAAAAACGAAGUGACUGUCUUGCCGUUGAGAGAGCGGUAAGAGAGGCAGGAUGAGUGGGGCUGCUCUGGGCAUUGAGAUAGUGGUGGUGUUCUUCCUGGCUCUGUUCCUGCUGCAUCGCUAUGCAGACUUCCGUAAGCAGCAGAGGAUGGUGCUGUUUGGCACCUUGCUGGCCUGGUACCUGUGUUUCCUCAUCGUCUUCAUUCUUCCUCUGGACAUCAGCACGACAAUCUACAAGCAGUGUAAGAUUGAUCAUGAAGAACAUCCCGCCGUACUCCCUGUGACCCCACUGCUAUCCAAUCAAACAGCAGGAAACUCAACUAUGGCCACUGCCACUAAAAGUGUUCUAAAGGUGUGUUACAAGCCAUGGAGCUACAUUCCAGAUGGAAUCAUGCCUGUGUUCUGGAGAGUUGUUUACUGGACCUCUCAGUGUCUCACCUGGCUGCUGCUGCCCUUCAUGCAGUCCUAUGCACGCUCAGGGGGCUUUUCCAUCACUGGGAAAAUAAAGACUGCACUGAUAGAGAACGCCAUUUAUUACGGAACAUACCUGCUCAUCUUCGGCUCGCUGCUUAUCUACGUGGCCGUUCACCCUCAGUGGCACCUCUCCUGGUAUGAGCUGCAGACAAUAGGCAUCACUGCAGCCAACACCUGGGGUCUGUUCCUGCUGGUGCUGUUGCUGGGUUACGGCCUGGUGGAGAUUCCGCGCUCCUAUUGGAACGCCUCGCGGCGGGGACACCUGCUCAUCAAGACCUACUUCAAGGCAGCCAAGCUGAUGACGGAGAAGGCUGAUGCACAGGAGAACCUAGAGGAUGUCAUGGAGGAAGUGCGAAAGGUCCAAGAAUCCAUCAAGUACAACCACCCACUGAGGAAGUACAUUGAUACUGUUCUUAGAAAGUGCCCUGUGGACUACCAGGAGAAGAUGGGCAGAAACAUGGAUGACUAUGAGGACUUUGAUGACAAACAGAACACCUAUCCCAGUGAGAAGAGCCUGGUGAAGCUUCACAAACAAGUAAUUUACGCAGUGCAGAGGCACAACAGGACCCGUGUCCAGUGGCUGAUCCUCCUGCAGCAGGCUAUGCACCUGGAGGAUGUGGCAAAGAAUGAGACCAGCUCAGCCCACCAGUUUGUCCGCAGCUUCCCCUCCACAGAACCAACUAGCUGGCUCAGCCGAUACUUUUACACUCCUACCGUAGAGUGGUACUGGGAGUGCCUGCUGAGACAUUGGUUCUACCGGCUGCUGGCUGUGGUGCUGUCUCUGUUUUCUGUGGCCGUGGUGUGGUCUGAGUGUACCUUCUUCAGCACCCGACCCGUCCUCUCACUCUUCGCUGUCUUCAUCCAGCUCGCUGAGAGAGACUACAACUACUUGUACAUUGAGAUGGCGUGCUUCAUCACCAUCUUCUUCCUGUGCACCUGUGUUUACUCCACUGUGUUCCGGAUCAGAGUGUUCAACUACUACUAUCUGGCCUCACACCACCAGACUGAUGCCUACAGCCUGCAGUUCAGUGGCAUGCUGUUCUGCCGUCUGACCCCUCCUCUGUGUCUGAACUUCCUGGGUCUGAUCCACAUGGACUCUGCCAUCUCCCACCAACUGAAGGAGCAGACGGCCUACACCUCUAUCAUGGGUUCUAUGAGGGUCCUAUCGUUCAUAGCUAAUGGCUUCUACAUCUAUUACCCCAUGCUCAUAUUACUGCUCUGCAUCGCUACCUACUUCAGCCUGGGCACCCGCUGUCUGAACCUCCUGGGCUUUCAGCAGUUUGUGGGAGACAAUGAAAUGACCUCUGACCUGAUCGAUGAGGGCAAGGAGCUCAUUCGGCGAGAGAAAAGAAAGCUCCAAAGGAUUGAGGAUGGAGAGAACCGACGAAGGGAGUGGAAAGAGCGCUACGGUAACACGCGGGAAGACACCGCCAGGAACAGGAUUAGAAAUGAAGCAGCAGAAAUGACAGAGACCAACUACUCCGAUACUGUCCCUAACACUAGACAGGCCAAGUACUCUCGGACUGGCAGAGGAACAGAGAGAGACUCUAUAGAACUUCUCCAGGACGCAGAGCCUUUGGACUUCAAUGCAGAGACACUUUCAGACGACCCUCUUGAAGCAGGCUCCACCAGUAUGCUCACUGUGCCUCUCCAUGUUGCAGACAUGUACCAGGCAGGUACCUGUCCAUGUCCUCGUCACGGAGCAGAAUCUUUGAUGACGUUUGAGAGAAGUAGACAGGGGAAGUCGAAGGAACAGGAAAGCUAGAAACACACAUUAAUGUUCAUCCUCCACUUUUCAGGGAAGACCAUACGAAGGAGAGACGCUCUCUCAACCUCUGUGAAUGUAGCACAUGACCUCUAUCUCACACUACACUGUUGGCCUGAUGUAUCUGCUACCCCUCGUUUCCAAUAGCUUGUCGCCUGUCAGAACACUCCAGUGGCUGUUAAUAUACACUUCCCCAUUAGGCAGAUAGCUGUCCUCCCCAGUGCCAGCCAGUGUGCAUCAUGUCAUGAAUGCAUGAACCUGUACCCUAUUUGGGCUUAUCAUUGUUAAUCCGUUUUGUUAUUUCAUUUGUUACUUAUGUGUAUGAAUUUCAAUUAAAGGUCAUCUGUUCAUUUGAUA